GUGCCAUUAUGGGCUGGUGUUUUAAUAACAAUCAUCGAUACAUUCACCUUUCUAUUUAUUGACCGCUACGGUGUGCGAAAAUUAGAAGUUGUCUUUGGGUUUCUUAUUUCUACUAUGGCUAUAACAUUCGGAUAUGAAUAUUUUGUUGUCGCACCACCGCUACAAUCCGUUCUAGCGGGUGCGUUCAUACCGUGGUGUGAAGGAUGCGGCAGGGACCAGUUUCUGCAAGGAAUCUCAAUCGUUGGAGCAGUAAUCAUGCCACACAAUCUCUACUUACACUCAGCUUUGGUCAAAUCGCGACGUGUGGAUCGCAGCAAGAAGGAACGGGUAGAGGAAGCGAAUUUCUACUUUACAGUUGAAUCUGCAAUUGCUUUGACAUGCAGCUUUUUCAUAAACGUCUUUGUUGUUGCGGUGUUUGCCCACGGAUUUUACGAGAAAACAAACUAUGAAGUGGUAAGAUUAUUUGCUUAG